AGAACAUCUCAAUGAACAAUGAUAUAAGUUUGUAGACUUUGAACCAAACACACAAACUAACAGUGCUUUCAGUGCAGUCAUACUCACACUCACGAGUUGUCACACCAAACGAGUUUCGAUAUAAACUUUUUGAUCACUUGUUUUCAAAUUGUGUUUUCAAUCUUCACGUGUUUUACAGUCAAAUACCUGUAAUUCAUUCACUAUAAGUCAGUGCUCGGCGUAACUGUUCACACAUUUGAUUCAUUCAUUUAAUCGAAAAGUUAUCACAAAUUGUUGAAUAAAAUGAAGAUUUCGAGUAAAUCGACGGCUUUGAGCUUUUUAUCACCACUUUUGAAUCGACUUAUUAUAACAAUAAUGGUUUGCGUAAUACUUUUUGAAUUUAAACCUACUCAGGGUCGGCCCAGAAGUAGUUCCUCCAAAAAUACUUUUGAAAUGUUUAGCCGGGAGUCCAGAUAUGCCAAAGCAUUAAAAUCAGACAAAUCUACGAAAUCUAAUAAAUCAUUUCGGAGUCCAUAUUUGCGAAUGAGAGAAGUGCCGGAGCCGGAGAUCACAGCUAUCGAGACAUCAACUCAUAUCCUGCAGUGCGAGGCCGGCGGGUCUCCCACUCCGACCAUAUUUUGGCUCAAAAAUGGCAAAAGAAUUAAUCAGGGAGAAAUCGGUUCUCUGAGCGACGAUGACAUUCAAAAAGGGGAGUUGAGUCUGAGUCUGACCCGAUCCCGGCUUUUCCUGGACUGUGUUCACCCGAAAGACGACGCCGUCUACUCGUGUGUCGCCUCAUCGCCCACACAUCGUGUCAGCGCUGAAUCACAUCUUAAAGUGGUUCCCAACGUGAGGACGAGUAACGAGUUGUCCAACGAAGCGGACAAUAGUGUUGCCAAAUGUUUGGCGAAGAAGUCUUAUGGCUCUGCGGCCAGGAUUCACAUGUGGACCCAUAAUAUACUGGAAAUGAUCGGAUCAGACGUACAGCUGCUAUGCCGGGCCAGUGGAGUGCCGGCGCCCACAAUCAGUUGGGUCGGUCCUGAAGACAAUACCCUCACCAAUAGCGACAAGUAUAAGGUGUUAGAGAACGGGGAUCUCCUAAUCCGAGAUCUCACGUGGGAUGAUAUGGGGAACUACAUGUGUGUGGCUGAGAACCAACACGGAUCAGACCGAACAUCCCUUUUCCUUUAUCCGACUCUUCCUGAAGACAGAAAAUGAAAGAAAUUUUAUUUUAAAUAAGUUUUACUAAAAAAGAGAUUUAAAUGACAUUUAUUUUGAAGAUUAAUUGAAAUGAAUAUAGAAUUUGAAUCGAGAGUAGAGAAUAACGAUUAACUCAAUUACUAUCUAUUAAUCGCAGUAUUACUUAAACUAUUUGUUUG